AUGGAGGACUACCAAGUUGAAGCAGAUGUACCGAGAACUGAUAAAAAUUACAUAAUAUAUUUGCCAAUAGUAUUAGAUCAGAUGAUAAAAAUGAGUAAAGGGGAGGGCAAAAUUACAAGCUUUCAUGCUUCUAAAGCACCAGAUAUAUCUGUUAAAAAUUAUAUCGAACGAAUAGGAAAAUAUAUAGGAUGUAGUAACGAAUGUUUUGUUUUAUUAAUAAUAUAUUUAGACAGAAUAAUUAAAAUACAUAAAGAUAUUACUUUAUCAUUGUUAUGUAUACAUAGGUUAAUUAUAACUGCAGUGAUGAUAUCAGCCAAAUUCUUUGACGAUUUAUAUUAUUCUAAUUCCUUUUAUGCAAAAGUUGGAGGAGUUACAACAAAAGAGUUAAAUAAAUUGGAAGUUUAUUUUUUAAAUCUCCUUGAUUAUAAAUUAUAUGUGUCAUCAGAAGAAUAUGAUUUUUACAGAAAAUAUAUUACCUUAGCUGUUCAGAAAUUUUUAAAUAGAACAAAAAUAAAAAAAAAAAAAAAUGUUUCAGUUGUCAAACCUUAUAAUUUAUUUAAUUAUAAUAAUGCUACUAACAAAACAAACAUCAUGUUCCUAAAAAAUCAAGACUCCAUGAUGUACGAUAGCAGCAAGAUUUUUGCCUCUGCGCAGGACAAGAAAAAGAAUUACAGAAAAUGA